CGCAUCUGCAGGCGGCGCCAUGUCUUAAAUUGGAAGAGGAGGAAUUUUAUGCUUCGCAUGAGGUACCCGCUUGGCCGCUUGAAGAACAAUUCGCAUUCUGGUGGCGUAGGCAGUGUCGCGUCGCAUGAGGGACCCCCUCUUCUCAUUCUCCUGGCUCUGCUGAUUCCGGAGGAGGAGGAGGAGCAUUUGAGAAAGCAUUGAAAUGGACGUCUCUCCCACCCGUGGCACUUUUAUCUGCAGCCCCGUCUCAUGCCUUGAGCCUGGGCAAGUGUCUCUCUCCUCUUCGCCUUGCCGUCCUUGUUGUCAAAGCCUGAACUACAGCUGCUGCCAACAUGAGAUUCCCUAGCAGCUCCGUCCUUGCCCUCGGGCUCAUCGGACCUGCGCUGGCGUAUCCAAAGCCGGGCGCCACAAAACGUGGAUCUCCCAACCCUACGAGGGCGGCAGCAGUCAAGGCCGCAUUCCAGACGUCGUGGAACGCUUACCACCAUUUUGCCUUUCCCCAUGACGACCUCCACCCGGUCAGCAACAGCUUUGAUGAUGAGAGAAACGGCUGGGGCUCGUCGGCAAUCGAUGGCUUGGACACGGCUAUCCUCAUGGGGGAUGCCGACAUUGUGAACACGAUCCUUCAGUAUGUACCGCAGAUCAACUUCACCACGACUGCGGUUGCCAACCAAGGCAUCUCCGUGUUCGAGACCAACAUUCGGUACCUCGGUGGCCUGCUUUCUGCCUAUGACCUGUUGCGAGGUCCUUUCAGCUCCUUGGCGACAAACCAGACCCUGGUAAACAGCCUUCUGAGGCAGGCUCAAACACUGGCCAACGGCCUCAAGGUUGCGUUCACCACUCCCAGCGGUGUCCCGGACCCUACCGUCUUCUUCAACCCUACUGUCCGGAGAAGUGGUGCAUCUAGCAACAACGUCGCUGAAAUUGGAAGCCUGGUGCUCGAGUGGACACGGUUGAGCGACCUGACGGGAAACCCGCAGUAUGCCCAGCUUGCGCAGAAGGGCGAGUCGUAUCUCCUGAAUCCAAAGGGAAGCCCGGAGGCAUGGCCUGGCCUGAUUGGAACGUUUGUCAGCACGAGCAACGGUACCUUUCAGGAUAGCAGCGGCAGCUGGUCCGGCCUCAUGGACAGCUUCUACGAGUACCUGAUCAAGAUGUACCUGUACGACCCGGUUGCGUUUGCACACUACAAGGAUCGCUGGGUCCUUGCUGCCGACUCGACCAUUGCGCAUCUCGCCUCUCACCCGUCGACGCGCAAGGACUUGACCUUUUUGUCUUCGUACAACGGACAGUCUACGUCGCCAAACUCAGGACAUUUGGCCAGUUUUGCCGGUGGCAACUUCAUCUUGGGAGGCAUUCUCCUGAACGAGCAAAAGUACAUUGACUUUGGAAUCAAGCUUGCCAGCUCGUACUUUGCCACGUACAACCAGACGGCUUCUGGAAUCGGCCCCGAAGGCUUCGCGUGGGUGGACAGCGUGACGGGCGCCGGCGGCUCGCCGCCCUCGUCCCAGUCCGGGUUCUACUCGUCGGCAGGAUUCUGGGUGACGGCACCGUAUUACAUCCUGCGGCCGGAGACGCUGGAGAGCUUGUACUACGCAUACCGCGUCACGGGCGACUCCAAGUGGCAGGACCUGGCGUGGGAAGCGUUCAGUGCCAUUGAGGACGCAUGCCGCGCCGGCAGCGCGUACUCGUCCAUCAACGACGUGACGCAGGCCAACGGCGGGGGUGCCUCUGACGAUAUGGAGAGCUUCUGGUUUGCCGAGGCGCUCAAGUAUGCGUACCUGAUCUUUGCGGAGGAGUCGGAUGUGCAGGUGCAGGCCAACGGCGGGAACAAAUUUGUCUUUAACACGGAGGCGCACCCCUUUAGCAUCCGUUCAUCAUCACGACGGGGCGGCCACCUUGCUUAAAGGCGCUGAGAGUUCUCUCGCCUGUUUUUUUGCUCGUAUUAUUCAUUUUCUGCUGCUCGUCCCGAAUCGCUCCGUAGAUAUUUUGACACAUGCGUCUGGAUAGAGCGGCUGGGACCACCGAAUAUGGUAUGUCAUUCGAGAUAUGAAGCGCAAGAGAUCUUUAAGAUCCAAGUUCUCUGGUAUUAUACUGAAUGAGAUAGAUCUAUAUGAA